UUUACGGCACGCGAAAGUUUCGAAGCAGAAAAGUGAUUGUUUAAAGAAAGUGGUAAAAAGCACGCCCGAGUGGUCGUAACAGUGUUUACUUUGAUUUGAAAUCGAUCAGCCGCGCGCGCGAUUGAGAUCUUGACCGCGAGGCGGGCGAGCUGCGAAAGUGCCGGUUCCGGACCUUUUUUUUUUGGGAUCACUUUCUAUUGUGUGUGCGCCACCCCUCGCCGUGAGUAAACAGCAUCUUUAGAGCGAUCCAAAUUGAACGGUAAACUUACGCGCACCCUCAUCGUACAAAAACAAGGGAACCAAGGCAAUUUCGGCCCAAGUGAUAAGCCCGCAGCAGAGGUUAAGCCCAAAUUUUAAUCCACGAAAGGAGUAAGCGCCAUUUCCGCGGCCAGAGUCGAGGUGUUUGAUUGAGCCGGCGCUGGGCCGAAGUGAAACCGAAACCGUGUAUCGGCCAAAUUCGUCUCAAGUGUUACCGCGUGAAGCACGGUGAAAAGCGGAAAAUAGAAGCAUCGAUUGCUUAAGAUUUCUCCCACGGCCAGAAGAGCGCCCCGAGAGCGAACGGUAAUGUCGUUGCAAUCCUAAAACCGACGCGACAGAUUGACGGGGACGGGACAGAUACCAGGGUGAGGGUCCUAGUCCCGCCACCGCCGCCCACACUGAUAUAUUUUGAACGAAGCGCGACAACAGAAAGUGACACGGGGUGACACAUCGUCGCCAACCCGCGUGCGUGGUGAUUUGUGAACGUAUCAAUCUGUCCCACACAGCGUGGUCCAGAUUACGGGCAAAAUGUCCUCGUCCCCGCGGCUCACCGGUUAUACGCUGCGGCCCUCCGAGACCUCCACCACGGUGUCGAUCACCCUGAACAGCUGCGGGACCGGUAUCAAGAAGCUGAGCAUCAACGACAGCAUCAAGUCCGCCGGAAGCACGAACUCGGGCGGUGAGUCGACCGAUCCGCUCGAGUCCGACUUCAGUGGCGAAGAAGAGGAGGAAGGGGAGGAAGAGGAAGAAGUGGAAGAGGUGGACGAGGAGGAGGACGACGAAGAGGAAGAGGACAGCAGUCGGCAGGAUCACCGGAAGGGUACCGAAAGUGUGCCGUUUAGAUUGGGAACAAAGCCGGCCAAGGACACCGUGCCGCAGCAGGAGGACGAGGGCGAAGAGGACGAGGACAGUUCGGAUAACGAACCAGCCAAGUCCGGUUCGCCCGGCCAACUAAGCACACACCGGAAACAGAAGUCUCUGUCUUCGGCCGAAGAGGACGAAGGGGAGGAGGAGGAGGGCGAGGACGAGGACGAAGAGGAGCCCCACCUCACCCACCAGCAACAGCAGCGGAAUGUCCUCGCCAAUCGCCAGCGACUCCGGCGUUCCGACGAUGCUGACGAUGACGAUGGUGUUGAUAUUCGGCGUGGCGGCGAUAGCGAUGACGACGGUGGCGAUCUAUCUGAUAAGAAUAAUAAUGUCGGCGCAGCUGUUCGCCGCAAACAACCGCAGGACUAUGCUCUGGAUGAUUUUCAAAUACUGAAAACGAUCGGAACUGGCACCUUCGGACGAGUGUGUCUUUGUCGGGACAAGAUCACGGACAAACACUGGGCCAUGAAGAUCCUGGCAAUGGCCGACGUGAUCCGACUGAAGCAGAUCGAGCAUGUGAAGAACGAGAAAAACAUUCUGCGAGAAAUUGACCACCCGUUCGUAGUCAACAUGCGGUGGAACACCAAAGAUGACUGCUGCCUCUACAUGCUGUUUGAGUACGUGAGCGGUGGCGAACUGUUCUCGUACCUCCGCAACGCGGGCCGCUUCGAUGGGGCCACGGCCAAUUUUUACGCCUGCGAGAUCGUCCUUGCCCUGGAGUACCUGCACUCGCUGUCGAUUGUGUACCGGGACCUGAAGCCGGAAAACCUGCUGCUCGACCGUGACGGCCACCUGAAGAUCACCGAUUUCGGUUUCGCCAAGAAGCUGAAGGAUCGCACCUGGACGCUCUGCGGCACGCCCGAAUACCUGGCGCCGGAAAUCAUUCAAUCCAAGGGCCACAACAAGGCCGUCGACUGGUGGGCUCUCGGCGUACUCAUCUACGAGAUGGUCGUUGGCUACCCACCGUUCUACGACGAUAAUCCGUUUGGAAUAUAUGAGAAAAUUCUUAGCGGCAAAAUCGAGUGGUCCCGUCACACGGAUCCCAUCGCGAAGGAUCUCGUCAAAAAGCUGCUCGUGCUGGACCGUACCAAGCGUUUGGGUAAUAUGAAGGUAUUUUACUGUCGUCCCCCCUUGCAGAACGGAGCAGAGGACGUGAAAAGACAUCGGUGGUUCAAGCACCUGGACUGGAACGUCGUGAUACGAAAGCAGCUCAAGCCACCGAUAGUUCCUAAGUUUGCAGCCGAAGGCGAUGGCGAUACGAGCAACUUCGAUGACUACCCCGAAACGGACUGGAAGUCGGCCCGGUCGUUGGACAAACUGGAGAUGCAGCUGUUUGAAGACUUUUGAGCGAACCGGACGCGGAAAGUGGCGGGGCGAGUGGUGGUGUACAGAACCGGAAGCAGCUCUUCAGCGGAGAAUGGUGUACAGAGACCGAUCUAACCUCCGUCUGCUUUAAAUGCUACCGAACAGCGGAGGCUGCGAACGGUGGCCGCUAGGGUUAGUGUAUAGGGACGAUGCUCGUUCAAUGGUUUCCGUUGCUGCAUUUCGGUGGGCAAGGAACGGAAGCGUAGUCGAUAUGGAACAUAGUGCACCUAGGAAUAAGACACAUAUCGCUUUUCUGGAAAAUGUGCAACCGACGUAAGACGAUUAUGGUUUAAAUCCUUUUCUCUCGUCCCCAAUGUUUACUGUGAUAGGAAAAUGCACACACGUCAUAGCAUCGCUAGGUGCUACUACGAUAGGUUUUAACCCGCAGAAACCCGUGAAAUGGUUACUAAGAGACCGAGAAGGCAGCCAUCAUCUGUUAGAUCUAGUAUAUUUCAGCCCCUUCAGCUUUGAACUCAAGAAAGGAGCAUAAAAGGACGUUAGUGAUAGGAAAAUGAACACGAUGACGCUACUCAAAGAAUAUGGCCAUAGGAUACGCAGAAAGAGGCACGGAACAUGGAGUUUUGUUCGAGUCCCGCACACACAUAAUUUAGCUAGUACUGUUGUUCUCUGGCCACCUGUAAAAAUAUAUGUACGAUA